AUGCUGGUGCUCAGAUUACGACUGUUAUGGCCACCCAUAUGGCUGCUCCUGCACCAGGUAGGGUCCAGCAGCAUGCCGCCGUGUGCCACCAGCGACCAGAGGUACUACGACCCCCUGGUUGCGAUGCCCAGCAGUCACGAAGAUACCGCCCUAGACUGUCAGCAGAGAUGUGCGGAAGACUCGAACUGCCAGCACUUCACCUUUGAGGGCGCAUCCCUGCCGAAGGGGGCCUGCUGGCUCUACGGCAGCUCCUCCGCGAAGCUCAUGGCCAUUGAUGCCGUCAGCGGUCCCAAGGUCUGUCCUGAGGACACGCAGCUAGGGGACAAGGCCGAGGCAGCGACUUCUUCGAGCACGGCGGUGCCGACUCUGGCACCAGCUGUGGCCCCUCCAAUCACAUUGGAGGUAGCGCCUUCAAGCACGGCCGCACCGACUCCGGCAGCGACUUCGAGCACGGCUGCACCGACUACGGCAGCGGCUUCGAGCACAGCCGCACCAACUCCGGCAGCGACUUCGAGCACGGCUGCACCGACUACGGCACCGGCUGCGGCCCCUGCAAAGAGUCAGGAGGACCAUGUCAGCGGACAUUCAGAUGCUCUGAUGGUGGGCCUGGAUGCGAACGGCAAGGACUACGUCAACGGGCAUUCGAAAGCUCCGAUGGUGGGCCUGGAUGCGAACGGCAAGGAUUACGUCAACGGACAUUCGAAUGCUCCGACGGCCGAGGAUGCCCCUGAAGGGGGGACCGUCGAGCGCUGCGAAGACGGGUUGAGCACCGGGUGCCCCGUGGAGUGGCAAACCGGCCCAGGAGGAUACUACUGCUAUCAGACGAAGGGGUGCCGGCCGGUCUUGGACGGGCCCUUUCCCUUGGAAGACUGCCAGGACCAGUGCUACAUCGGCGAGGUCGAAGUGCCAGGAGGCGGAGAUCUGGCUGUCCCCUUCGACUGCUACGAGGACCUGGAGUACGUGAACCUCUGGAGCCCCAUGAAGCGCCAGUGGUGCUGCGAAAACAGCCCAGUCGCGUCCAUCGUGUGCAAGGAGGCCUCCUCGGGCGCAGCGGAGUGCGACGAUGAUGUGGGCACAAGCUGCCCUUCUGAGUGGCACACAGGGCCCUCUGGCGGCUACUUCUGCAGCAGCGGCCCCUCCCAGGGAGGCUGCAGCCCCGCCAGCUCGGGGCCCUUCUUGCUGGAGGACUGCCAGGUUCAGUGCUGCAUCGGGAACUGCGGCGGUUCGGACAGUAAGCCUGAACCGCCGGUACCCGGAAUCUGGGACUGCAAGCGGCACUUGGAUCGCUGGGAGUGGUGGCCAGAGGAGAAGAAGCGCUUCUGCUGCAAGCACGACGACUAUGCCAAGAAGUUCUGCUCUCAUUAUGACGAGGAGGAGGAGUCUCCUGGUCUGCCUCCCCGGUGCUCUUCUGAAGCUGCUGCAAAGUGCCCGGACAGUUGGCUCACUGGCGAGAGUGGUGGGUACCUUUGCUCGGGCCAGAACGAUCCUGCCUACGGCGGCUGCCGGCCGGCCGGGGAUGGCCCCUACCCUGUCGAAGACUGCCAGGAACAAUGCCGGAUCGGCCACUGCGCCAUCGGAGGUCAUCAUCCGAAGCCGGAAUUCUGGGACUGCGAGCGGCACCUCCACCGUUGGGCUUGGUGGCCAGAGGAGAAGAAGAUCUAUUGCUGCGAGAGUGGAAAGACCCAUCCAUCGUACUGCGGCGACUACAUUGACAGGGAUCACAGCUGGGGCAGCAUCUCGCGAUGUGGCGAGGACGAGGGAAAAGACUGCCCUCAAAGUUGGCACACAGGCGAAUCGGGCGGCUACUUCUGCUCCUCCGGGCAGGCCACGGGCGCGUGUCGCGAGGCGGCCGACGAGCCCUUCCCGCUGGAAGACUGCCAGGAGCAGUGCACCAUUGGUCACGUGUCCAACGGAGGAGGACAUCGGCCGAUGCCUGGAAUCUGGGACUGCGGCCGUGGCCUCUACCACUGGAUGCAGUGGCCGGAGGAGAAGAAGAUUUGGUGUUGCGCGCAUUCUCCGCGUGCGAGGGCCGUCUGCGGACACUAUGCAGCUUCGCACUCCUCGAUCAGCUGCAACGCGGACACGGCCGGGGGGGUGAAGUGCGACUUCCCAUUUCUGUGGCAAGGAGAGAUGCACCAUUCGUGCUUCAUCGAGUCCAACAAGUUUGGAGGCGAGCCUUGGUGCGUCCGCGUGGACGGCACUUGGGCGUCAUGCGAUUGCGGUCAGGUGCCUGGUUCGCAUACCCACAUCAACCACGUGACCCACGUGCAUCCCGGACACUGGCACCACUCUGGGGAUGGUGGGCCCCCUUACACCUGCACGGAUACGGAGACGCCUUGGAGCAACACCAAGCGACAGUGGUGCUGCGCCCAGACACAGUGCAACGCGACAGCGUCGGAGCCCUUCGACUGUCUGGCCGACCUGACUUCCUGGGCAAAUGACUGGAGCCUUCAGAAGAAGAGCUGGUGUUGGGACUCGGAUGAGGCGGUGGAUGAGGACCUCUUCGACUGCGACAAGGGGCUGGCCAACGCCGAUCGGGGCUGGUCCACGGAGAAGAAGAAUUGGUGCUGCCGUACAAAGAAGAAGGGGUGCCAGCAGUUCUUCGACUGCGACCUGGACCUCGACAACUGGGAAACGGCGUGGAAUUCAACAAAGAAGAAAUGGUGCUGGGACCACGAGCAAAAGGGUGGCAGCGCACCCUACAACUGCGAGGAUCAUCUCGCGGAUUACGCCGAGGCCUGGACCCCGCCGAAGAAGGAGUGGUGCUGCGCGAACGAAAACCUGGGCUGUGGUGAGACCUACGACUGCGAGACCGGCUUCGAGAACUGGGAGACCGAGUGGACAACCCCGCAGAAGCACUUCUGCUGCAAGACGGCCCAGAAAGCCUGCUACGACUGCGCGGCUGGCUUUGCGAACUGGGAGAGGGGCUGGUCUGCAGCCAAGAAGAAGUACUGCUGCCAGAAGGAGCAGAAGGCGUGCCACAGCUGUCUGGCAGUCAAUGAGAUGACCAGCUGGUCCGAUGAGCACAGGGCGUAUUGCUGCAACGCCCACAACGUCGCGUGCCACGACUGCUCGGGAGACGUUCAUACGUUCGAUGCAGUCAAGGAGGCGUGGUGCUGCGCGAACGAGGGCCACUGUGUGAAUGCCACUACGACGACGCCCACCCCUUGCCCGGACGCGGGCUUCGAUGAGGAUGAUCCGGAAUAUUGCAACACGCCCAUCGGGACCUGGACCACAGAGAAGAAAGACUUUUGCUGCAAGACCUUCGGCAGGGGAUGCCCCGGAGUCCAUUACGACUGUGAUAUCGACGCCCACAUUUGGCAGUACGCCUGGUCUCUGACGAAGAAGGCGUGGUGCUGCCUGCAUCAUCAUGUUGGAUGCUAUCCACACUACGACUGCGACACGGCCGUGACGUCUUGGUCACCCGAGAAGCAGGUCUGGUGCUGCCACCAUGAGAAGAAGGGCUGUGAGCUCUACGACUGCUACGGGUCUCCGACACUGUGGUCAAAGCAGCACAAAGACUGGUGCUGCAGGCAACAUGGUCAGGGUUGCUCGGAACUGGAGCCGUACCACUGUCAAGGAGGCGACGGCCAGAACAUCUACUGGAGCCCUGAGAAGAAGGAUUGGUGCUGCGAGCACAAGAAGAUCGGCUGUUCCGAGCCCGACUUCGGCGGCGGUCAUCACCACCAUCAUGAGCAGCAUGAAGGCUGCAAGAAAGCCUGCCAUUGGGAUGGCCAGAGUCACACCUGCCAAGACCGGAUCAAGUAUGCAGCAUCGCACCGAUUUCAGAACCAGCAGCACGCCUGUACCGCGGCGGUUCACCUCGUGGCUGGGGAGUGCGACUUCUGUGGCGAGUGCACCGUGGAGAGGUCUGGCUGCUACGUCUACUGGCACAAGGAGGAUUCGCACUUUUCCACCCACCACGUCGUGACCACCGUGACGCAUCUUGGCUCCAGCUACCACUGCCACGAUGGCAUGGACGAAAUGUGGGCGCAGGAGCAGAAAGACUUCUGCUGCUGGAAGUAUCGCAAGGGGUGCCCCGCCCCAGUCGUUCCUGCGGCCAGCUACGACUGUGAUGCUGGCUUCGAUCAGUGGGAGACGGCAUGGGAGGCCGUGCGCAAGGAAUGGUGCUGCAAGCACCGCUCCCGCGCCUGCCAGCGGUUCCAGUGCGACCUGGGCCUGCAGAACUUCCAGGGCCUCUGGGGGCCACCGAAAAAGGCCUGGUGCUGCAAGCACGAAAGCAAAGGCUGCAUUGCCGGUUUCCAGUGGUUCGAUUGCACGGAGAAAGCCGAGCGUUGGGAGACGGAUUGGACCCCUGAGAAGAAGGGCUGGUGCUGCUCGAACAAGAAGAUGGGGUGUCCUGGCUGGCAUUGGCAUCCAGGCGGCGUGACGCACGUGACCCACACCACCUACACCACGCACCACCACUCCUCGGGAGGGCGCUGG